AUGGCCUCCAGAGCCCCAGCAGGCGGCCGUCCAGGAGCUCGGUUCGCUCAAUUUAAGCUUGUCUUGCUUGGAGAAUCUGCUGUCGGAAAGAGUUCACUUGUCCUGAGAUUUGUCAAGGAUCAAUUUGACGACUAUCGAGAAUCAACGAUCGGCGCUGCCUUCCUCACACAGACCAUCUCGCUGGACGAAAGCACGACUGUGAAGUUCGAGAUCUGGGAUACUGCUGGUCAAGAGCGAUACAAGUCUUUGGCUCCCAUGUACUAUCGCAAUGCGAACUGCGCUGUUGUUGUCUAUGAUAUUACUCAAGCCUCAUCGCUAGAUAAGGCCAAGUCGUGGGUAAAAGAGCUUCAGCGACAAGCGAACGAGAAUAUUGUUAUCGCUCUUGCAGGCAACAAACUUGAUCUGGUUACCGAGAGCCCCGACAAGCGAGCGAUCCCGACCGCCGAUGCGGAGGCUUAUGCUCGGGAAGCUGGUUUACUCUUCUUUGAGACCUCCGCCAAGACCUCGUCGAACGUGCGCGAGCUGUUCACGGCAAUCGCGAAGAAGCUUCCACUUGACCAGGCCGGACCUCGGAACUUGCGGACAGCACCUCGUCCCGGAGUCGACCUCCGACCGGAGGCACCGGGCACCCAAAGUGGCGGUUCCUGCAAUUGCUAG